UUAGGAAUUGCAUUUAUCCCAAAGGGUGUUGGCACUUGACAGGUUGACUCCGUAUCUCAGCACCUAGGGUACGCCUUUUCUUCUUCUCCUUCUUCUUCGUGCCGUUCCCUGUCUUUUUGGCGUUCCUUCGAAGCUAAACUAAGAAACUAAAAUUUCGUUAAGGAUAUAAUGUCAGAGGAGGUGGAGUAUCGGUGUUUUAUUGGUGGUCUUUCAUGGUCUACAUCUGAUAGAGGUCUCAAGGAGGCAUUCGAAAAGUUUGGUCAUCUUCUUGAAGCAAAGGUAGUUGUUGACAAAUUCUCCGGACGCUCUCGUGGAUUUGGGUUCGUCACUUUUGAUGAGAAGAAAGCGAUGGAAGAAGCUAUUGAAGAAAUGAAUGGUAUGGACUUGGAUGGCCGAACAAUUACUGUUGAUAAAGCUCAGCCUCACCAAGGUUCAGGCAGAGAGCAUGAUGGUGAUCGCAACCGUGAUCGUGGCCGUGAUCGUGAUCAGAACCGUGACCAUGGAGGAAGACGCCCAUCUGGUGGUGGAGGAGAGUGCUUCAAGUGCGGUAAGCCUGGACAUUUUGCUAGAGAGUGUCCAAGUGAAGGGGCAAAAGGUAGUCGGUAUGGGGGCAGAGAUGACAGGUACAGUGGCGGCGGUGGAGGUGGGGGUGGUCGUUAUGGUCCUGAUCGAAAUGGAGAUCGAUUUGGUGGGCGUAACAAGGAUGCUGGCAGCCGUGGAGGUCCUGGAACUGACCGAUAUAAUCGUGACCGUUCUGGACCAUAUGAACGUCGUGGUUCAGGAGGUUUUCGUUCUGGAUAGAAGUAUUUCUGUUUGUGGUAUGCUACUUAGUACUGAACUCCGAAUUUCUGGUCAGUCAACGGAAUACAUCGUGUUCUGUUGCAGCUGAGGAAUUGGAAAAAUUGGGGCUGCUGUAUGAAUUAUUGAAGGUUUUUGUUUUUUGUUUCUUAAAAAUUUUUAUUGCAGACAUGCUAUCUUGAUUGCCAUCCUGCUGGAUUAAUUAUUUUAUCUUAGUGCUAAACUUGGCAUUAA